AUGGAGAACCACCGCCGCGAUGACUCGCCUUCUGGUCUCUCAGAUAUUGUCGAAGGCGAUGGCCUGCUCGGCACUGGCCUAACGACCCGACACAUUGAGGCCUUUGGGCGCAAGGUCACUUCAACGGCCGGACACUUGAUAGGACCGUCCGACCAGUCCCACAGCACCCAUUUUCACAAUGCCAUGUCCGACAUCCACCGCGAGCUGCGCCGGCCGACGGCGCAACGGAAGGUCUUUUCCCUCACCAAGACCACCCCGACCGACCUGGUCCGAUCUAAGCUCUCGACCGCUGAGAUCCAGUCGCGCGCUCUUUCUUCCCUUCCAGAUGACCUUCUCGCCAACAUUCCCGAAGAUUCGAGCUCCUAUUCCCUCUUCCAGGGCUUCCAGGCGACCCUCCCCGAAGAGGAGCAUGGCCAUAAGAAGCACAGGCGACGCAGCUCCAAGGCCCAAAAAGCUUUGAAGGAUAGUGAGAAGGGUGGAACGUUGACCGCGGGCCCUGCGGUAUUGAGGGUGGAACGAAACGCGCUGGGUCGCAAAUUGGACCUCAUGGGCAUUCGGAAGAACAUGUGCAGUGCUGAAAUCCACGAGAUUGAUAACAAGAUCGCCAAUUUGCACAAAAUGCGCCAGAUCGUACUUGAUCGGUUGGCGGGGUUGGAAAUGGAUGAAGCAGCCAUGGAAGUCGAAAUUACGGAACUGGAUAAUAAGUUGGAAGAUUUCCAGGAAGAGGAGACCCCCGAAGCAUCUGCAGUUGAAACCCCCAAAACUUCCGAAGUUCAGGACGAUACCAGUGCUUCAUCUAGUGAUCCUGCCAUGGAUGCUUCAUUCAUGUCGGAAUCGAUAUAUGAGAAACUGCCGACCGCGUCCCCUCGAAGUUUACGACACCGGUCGAUCCGUAAACGAUCCAUGCCGAUCCUCCACGAACAUUUUGCUCCCGGGUCUCUGAUCAAGGAGAUUGAAGCACACACUGAUAUGGUCACCGCCAUUGACUUUGACUAUCCGUUCGGUACUAUGGUCAGCGCAGCAUUGGAUGAUACCGUGCGGGUGUGGGAUAUGAAUGUUGGCCGCUGUUCAGGAUUAUUGGAGGGACAUCAUGCCUCGGUCCGCGCCUUACAAGUGGAAGAUAACAUCGUUGCGACAGGAUCUAUGGAUGCCUCCGUCCGGCUAUGGGAUCUGAGUCGUGCUCGACCCGCCAGUCGCGAUAACCGACUGAACAAGCAUGAACGUGAUGGACUAGACGAAGGGCCCGAUCACUCCUCGCCCGUGGCCCCGUCUUCGAAUUUAGAGGAUUGCCACGUCUUUUCGCUCGAAGCACACGUUGACGAAGUCACCGCUUUGCAUUUCAAGGGCGACACGCUUAUCUCGGGAUCUGCAGACAAGACUCUGCGACAAUGGGAUCUGGUCAACGGCCGCUGCGUUCAAACGUUAGACAUUCUAUGGGCAGCAACCCAGUCAUCUUCCUCUAUGCCUGGAGAUAGCAACUGGCGCCCGUCUGGCCGUCUUCCAGACGCGUCGGCCGACUUUGUCGGGGCCGUGCAAUGCUUCGAUGCAGCCUUGGCUUGUGGUACUGCAGACGGUAUGGUCCGCCUGUGGGAUCUACGCAGUGGCCAGGUGCAUCGCAGCCUGGUCGGCCACACGGGGCCUGUCACCUGCUUACAGUUCGAUGACGUGCACUUGGUGACCGGCAGUCUGGACCGUAGUAUUCGGAUUUGGGAUCUCCGAACCGGAUCCAUAUACGACGCUUAUGCCUAUGACAAGCCGAUCACCAGCAUGAUGUUCGACUCCAAGCGCAUUGUGGCCGCAGCCGGUGAUAACGUGGUCAAGGUCUACGACAAGGCUGAUGGCCACCACUGGGACUGCGGUGCCGGUGUUGGUGUCGACGACGAAGGUCCAUUCCCUGCAACCGUUGAGCGGGUGCGCCUGAAGGACGGCUACCUCGUCGAAGGACGCAAAGACGGUACCAUGGCCGCUUGGACAUGCUAA